CGCUGUCAUGUAUAUAAGCAGAUCUGUCGAUCUCAUCUCGGUCACCCACAGGAGGAAACACACCCGUCUUCAGCCCAGAAACAAAGAUAGGUUCAGCCAAGAUGAAGUUGCUGCUCGCCGUUGCUGCCGCUCUGGCCGUGGCCAGCUGUGCCAGCAUCUCUCUGGAGGACCUCGAGUUUCACGCCUGGAAACUGAAGUUUGGAAGGUCCUACGGCUCUCCAUCAGAGGAGGCGAGGCGUAAGGAAAUCUGGCUCAGCAACCGCAAACUGGUUCUGGUUCACAACAUCCUGGCAGAUGAGGGCAUCAAGUCGUACCGCCUUGGCAUGACCUACUUCGCUGACAUGGAAAACGAGGAGUACAAGCGUCUGAUCUCUCAGGGCUGCCUGCGCUCGUUCAACGCCUCUCUGCCUCGCCGUGGCUCCACUUUCCUUCGGAUGCCAGAGGGCAACGAUCUUCCCAACACUGUGGACUGGAGGGACAAGGGAUACGUCACGGACGUCAAGGAUCAGAAGCAAUGCGGCUCCUGCUGGGCCUUCAGCGCAACGGGCUCCCUGGAGGGUCAGACCUUCAGGAAGACUGGGAAGCUGGUGUCUCUGAGUGAGCAGCAGUUGGUUGACUGCUCUGGUGACUAUGGCAACAUGGGAUGUAUGGGCGGCUUGAUGGACAACGCCUUCAAGUACAUCCAGGCAAACGGUGGGAUAGACACAGAGGAUUCCUACCCUUAUGAGGCAGAGGAUGGGCAAUGCCGUUUCAACCCCGACAAAGUUGGAGCCACAUGCACCGGCUACGUGGAUGUGAAGGAAGGUGAUGAAGACGCCCUGAAGGAGGCCGUGGCCACCAUCGGACCCGUUUCUGUUGGCAUCGAUGCCUCUCAGCCAUCAUUCCAGCUUUAUGAAUCAGGUGUGUAUGACGAGCCUGACUGCAGCAGCUCAGAGCUGGAUCAUGGAGUGCUGGCUGUUGGUUAUGGCUCUGAUAAUGGCCAGGACUACUGGCUGGUUAAAAACAGCUGGGGUGUUGAAUGGGGCCAUAAGGGAUACAUCAUGAUGACGAGGAACAAACACAACCAGUGUGGGAUUGCCACUGCAGCCAGUUAUCCACUGGUCUGAACAGGUUCAGGACUUUUCUCAGCAGAGGGAAAUAGUAACAAGUAAUUUGCCGUAAUUCCUUUUUAAGGCCGACUGAGUGGUGUGCUCCAAACUAAACGUCUUCCUCUCUUCUCUGGGACAAACAGCGGCUCUUUGCCAUGGUGCACUUCUUACAAUAGUUGUUUAUGAGCAUUGUAAAUAAAUGUAAAGAAAUAAAUUUGUGUCGUUGGAUAUAAAU